UUUUCCUUGUCUUCUUUCUCGGUGCUUCCCCUCUUCCUUUUCUCCGUCACCUUCCCUCAUAUCCCCCGGUCUUCGUGUGAACGCCGCUACCUUUCUCUCAUUGCUGCCAUAUAGGCAUCUGCCCACCCUUCUUGUCACUUUCUUUCACUGUGCGGAGACCAUCACACAGUCUAUCCUCAGUAGCCAUGGCUGAUGGCUUCGUGGACGCCUCGCGCGUCGAGGCCCCAGUCACCCUCAAGACUUACUUGAUGUGUGCCUUUGCGGCUUUUGGUGGUAUCUUCUUCGGUUAUGACUCGGGUUAUAUCAGCGGUGUCAUGGGGAUGAGAUACUUCAUCGAGGAGUUUGAGGGCUUGGACUAUAACACUACCCCCACAGAUUCCUUCGUCCUCCCGUCCUGGAAAAAAUCGUUGAUCACGUCGAUCCUCUCGGCUGGAACCUUCUUUGGUGCCCUCAUUGCGGGUGACUUGGCAGACUGGUUUGGUCGUCGCACUACCAUUGUCAGUGGUUGUGUGGUCUUCGUCGUUGGUGUUGUCCUGCAGACCGCUUCGACCUCCUUGGGUCUGCUAGUUGCCGGGCGUCUGAUCGCGGGAUUCGGUGUUGGCUUUGUCUCCGCCAUUAUCAUCCUGUACAUGUCUGAAAUUGCACCUCGCAAGGUUCGCGGUGCUAUUGUCUCAGGGUACCAGUUCUGCAUCACUAUCGGGCUCAUGUUGGCCUCAUGCGUCGACUACGGUACUGAGAACCGUCUCGACUCGGGCUCCUACCGUAUCCCAAUCGGCCUUCAGCUCGCCUGGGCUAUCAUCUUGGGAGGUGGUCUGCUCUGCCUGCCCGAGUCCCCUCGUUACUUUGUUCGCAAGGGUAACCUGGUCAAGGCUGCGGAGGUCCUUGCCCGCGUUCGUGGCCAGCCCCAAGACUCGGACUAUAUCAAGGAUGAGCUGGCUGAGAUCGUGGCAAACCAUGAGUACGAGAUGCAGGUGAUCCCGGAAGGUGGAUACUUCGUCAGCUGGAUGAACUGCUUCCGCGGCAGUCUGUUCUCUCCCAACAGCAACCUUCGUCGGACAGUCCUGGGUACGUCCCUGCAGAUGAUGCAACAGUGGACCGGUGUCAACUUUGUCUUCUACUUUGGAACGACCUUCUUCCAGUCGUUGGGAACCAUCGAUGACCCCUUCCUCAUCAGCAUGAUUACCACUAUCGUCAACGUCUGCUCAACCCCUGUCUCCUUCUACACGAUUGAGAGGUUUGGCCGCCGUUCGCUCCUUUUGUGGGGAGCACUUGGCAUGGUCAUCUGCCAGUUCAUUGUCGCUAUCGUCGGCACUGUGGACGGCAGCAACAAGCACGCUGUCAGCGCAGAGAUUUCCUUCAUCUGCAUUUACAUCUUCUUCUUCGCUAGUACGUGGGGCCCGGGCGCCUGGGUUGUGAUUGGCGAAAUCUUCCCCCUGCCUAUUCGGUCGCGAGGUGUGGCUCUGUCGACGGCUUCAAACUGGCUGUGGAAUUGCAUUAUCGCUGUCAUUACCCCCUACAUGGUUGACAAGGAUAAGGGUGACCUCAAGGCCAAGGUAUUCUUCAUCUGGGGCUCACUGUGCGCCUGCGCUUUUGUGUACACGUACUUCCUGAUCCCGGAGACCAAGGGUCUCACUCUUGAGCAGGUGGACAAGAUGAUGGAAGAGACCACGCCCCGUACCUCGGCCAAGUGGAGACCGCAUGGCACCUUUACGGCCGAGAUGGGUCUUACUGCGAAUGCUGUGGCCGAAAAGGCUACUGCGGUUCACCAGGAGGUGUGAGAGACGGGAUGUCAGUUUCGACAGUGGUUUGCUGCUGACGACGAGUUGGUGGGUCUGCAUACAGAAGGGUAUGCUCGGUUACUAUUAUGAUUAAUCUGUCCUGCUUAUUUCUGUUUACUUUACGUUAGUGAUAGCUAAGUAA